GGCUUGACAUUUGUUGAAUAUUUACUAAUGAAGAAAUUCGGACGCAGCAUGAUGACCGGGAACAUUCUGUUGCUUCUGGGCGUUUUGCAGACCCUUCCGAUUUCUCAAGCACUGUAUGAGGAUCAAAUAGGGAAAUUUGACUGGCAUCAACAGUAUGUUGGGAAGAUUACAGAUAUGUUCUGGGACCAGUCUUUCAAUGCUGGAAAACGAGUCCUGGUGUCAUCAGAGAGGCAUGUGCUGGCUUCGGUCCACUCCCAUAAUGGCUCCCUUGCUUGGAGAAAAGUGCUUGAGGAUGGGCCCCGAGGGCGGAUUGACAAAACCCUCCACUCAGGAAACUUGUUGGUGACGCUGACGGGGGGUGGCCGUUUUGUGAGGAAAUGGAAUGCUGGGAGUGGACUGGCUGACUGGGAAGUGUCUCUCCCUGGAUCCAAGAGUGGACGGGCGGACCUUGUUCAGUGUGGGCGGGAUCUGCUGGCGGUGAUGAUACAGGAUGCUGUGUAUGGUCUAGACCCCCGGUCAGGCAGACAGAAAUGGUCCGUCGCUCUCCCUCAAAGCUACCAAGUAGUCUACACUCACCUUUUCACAUCGGGAACAAACUUGUUUGUCAUUGGUCAAUCCCUGGGACAGCAAGUUACCAGGGUAACUGUGGAUAUGGAGGGAGUGGUCAGGUCGACCGAAUCAGUGAAAGCACCCUGGCUGUCGGAAAGCACACAAUGUGAGGUGACAAAUGGCGGUGUCCUCAUCUGCUACAGGAGUGAGGACCAGUCUCUACAGACGCUGACCCUCACUGACGGUCAGGUGUUCAAGUCCACCAGCUUACAGAUUUUAGGCUUGGAACCAUCAGAAGAAAUUAGCAUGGAAACAGUGAGGAAGAUGGAGGAGCCCCUUAUUUUCCUACGGACAGCAAAGAAUCAUAUGGCUCUGCUAGAGCUUACAAAAGAUGGAGUCAAACUCAAGAAAGACUUGCCCAGUAUAUGUGCAGCACAAGUUGUGUCCCUUGAUGACAAGUCCAUGCUGUUCACACUGGAGAGAAUACCUGGGGAGCUGAAAAUGAAAGUAUAUGACAUGGAAACAGGAAGUGAAAUGGCAGACCUUUAUCAAACCAUCACUUACCUACCCCAGCAUGGCUAUCCUCAAAGGAUAGAGGUUCUGAUGUUUAAGAAGAGAGACCUGCGUCUUGGCUGUAGGUUUGCCAUACUCUCAGAAGACUACUCCAUGCAGAUGGUGCUGAAAGCAGAGCGAGAUGGCAGCCCUGGAAAAAUCGCAUGGAGACGAGAGGAAGCACUGGCGUACGUGUUGUCUGUAGAAAUGAUCGAUCUCCCUGUGUCCGAAAAUCAGGCCAAGUACGAGGAUGAAUUUGGGUCACACAAGGAUGAUAUUGCCACCAUGUUUAUGAAGAGAUUUAAGACACAGAUUUCCCAGCUUAAGACUUAUAUACAGCAACAGCUUCAGAAACUUCAAGGUCACAGACACCAUCACCAUGACACUGAGGCCAUGGCGGAAAGUGGGUCAGAUGAUGACGACGAGGAUUUAACCAGGGACGAGUUCAACCUCAACAAACUGAUAGUGCUGGUGACAGGGGCAGGGAAAGUUUUUGGUGUUCGAAGCACCAAUGGUCACAUUGAGUGGGAGCACUUUUUCCCAGAGUUAGCCCCCUUUGAUGGAAACAAUCAACAGAAACUGUUGUUGUUUGUACAGAGAACCACGGCCCACUUUCCCAACCCCCCUCAGUGUACUGUGGUAGGAAAACACAAGGGGACAGGCAAUGGUUUCCUGUUCUCGUUUAACCCAAUCAGCGGUGAGCCAGUGGACACGCCCCCCACUGGUCAGGUAUUGAACUACAGGAUCACCCAGACCAGCAUGCUGGGGGAACUAGAUGACCACUUCUUGAGGGGCAUUCUUCUGAUGGACCCCGACAAUCAGAUACAUGUGUUCCCUGGGAAAUGUUUGUCAGUUCUGAAGAAGACCUUUGGGUCACAGUACAUGUUUGUGGCAGACAGAGAGACUGGCUUUAUUAAGGGCUACAGGACAGUCCCAAACCAGGGGAAAUUUUUGAUGGAGAAUGUGUGGACAGUGAACCUUCAGAAGAAGCAGCAAACCAUUACCCAGGUUGUGGGCAAGAGACCGCUAGAACAAGUUCACUCUCAAGGUCGUGUCUUAGGAGACAGAAGUGUACUGUAUAGAUACCUCAAUCCUAAUCUUGUUGUCGUGGUAACAGAGGGAGAAUUCAUUGAGCAGUCUCAAAGAGGUGGCGUGUUUAACACCAUCAACCUUUACCUGCUGGACAGUGUGACCGGUCACAUGGUGUUCCACUGCAGCCACAAGAGAGCAAAAGGUCCAAUCACCGUCGUUCACUCAGAAAACUGGGUUGUGUAUAACUAUUUCAAUCAAAAGUCACGCCGCCUUGAGAUGGCUGUCUUAGAACUUUAUGAAGGAAAAGAGCAGAGUAAUUCUACUGCCUUCUCUUCCUUCUCAUCACCACGGCAACCACUGGUCCUCCGCCAGUCCUACAUAAUGCCACUGUUUAUCUCUACCAUGGCAACCACAGUCACAGAGAAGGGCAUCACCAGUAAACAGAUCAUAUUUGCUUUGAAGCUAGGGGGUUUGCUUGCUCUCCCUAAAGCCUUACUUGACCCCCGACGACCUCUUGUUCCUACCCAGGAGACUAUGGAGGAGGGGACAAUACCUUACAUCCCUGAGCUACCCGUGAAUGCGGAGGCCAUCAUCAACUACAACCAGAGUCUGUACAACGUGCAGGGGAUCCACACCUCACCGGCAGGGCUCGAGUCCACCUCUCUGGUCCUCUCUUAUGGGCUGGAUUUAUACUUCACCAGAGUGCAGCCAUCAAAGAUGUUUGAUGUUUUGAAAGAAGACUUUGAUUAUUUUUUUAUAUCAGCAGUGUUGCUAGGAAUGUUUGUAGUUACCAUAGCAACUCAGAAACUGUCCGCCAGACGAGCGCUCAGUCGGGCAUGGAAGUAAAGAUGCAAUGACUAGUUCCUGAUGUGCAGGAAUACAGAUUCAAAAAAUGGAAAACAACAAAGCAACGUGUUCAGAUGUUGAAAAGUUUUAUCAUCUUGAUGAUGGUUAUUAAUUAGAUUCCCAAUUGAUUUCUUGAAUAAGAAUGAGAGUCAGAGGUUGAAAUCAUUCCAUGUGUGUGUGUGUGUGUGUGUGUUGUUUAGUGUAGAUCAGAUUUGUUCUAGGUGGUCAAUGUAUGGUAUGCUUCUUUCUGUCUUAUUGGAUUUUUGUUCAUCAAUAUUCAGAAUGAGAUUUACUGUGUCAUGUACAAUGGUAUGUAUGGACUUUGGUGUACAUUUACAUUUUAUACAUUGUAUAUAAAAGAUCUCAAAGUGUAGAAGGACAAAAGGUAUAGCGUCCUGUAUACCUUACAUUACAACUCGAAUUGGUGCAUUUAGAGAUAAUGAAAUUUUUGCAUGUAUACAAUUUGAAAAGAACUGAAAUACAUGUAAAGCAAUUUGGCAUAAAAAUCAUAAUAUUUAAGAUGUUAAUAAAGUGAAUGAAAAUGAUUUUUGAUUAAGCCAUGAUUAUUCUCAAAGUUUGGAUGGGUACAUACAAGUUAUAACAAAUAUCACAUUUUUCAAAAAUCAUUACUUCUUGUAUUUCCUUACACAUUCAAAGUACAUUCAUUUUGUACUUUCGUUAACUGCUAUAUGUUUAUCUUUAAAAUCUUACAUUUUUAUGGGAAAAGUUAACUACAUGUUUAUCUAAAUACAUGUACAUUUCGAUGUAUUAUGAUGGUCAUGAAUUACAACCCAAUUUUUACAUUUUCUCCUUUUGUAUAUGUAUCUUACAUAAUUUAAAUAAAAGCCCAUCUUAAAACCUCAUAAA